UCUAAAAAUAAAAAAUAAUUACAAAUAGAUGGGAAAGUUUCCCGGAUUACAAAUGGAUUUUGGCUUGGGCUUUGGGAAGGGACCGAAGGAAACAAUGGCAGAAGAAGUAACAGCCAUAGCGAAAGCCGAAGGGUUGGAGGAAGAAGAAAGAGAAAUGCAGCCAGAAUUUGAGGGCUUAGCUUUGGAGAAUGGAAUGAAUAGGAAGGAGAAGAGGAAGGCCUUGAAGAAGAUGAAGAGGAAGCAGAUAAGAAAAGAGGUAGCUAUGAAGGAGCGGGAGGAAGUAGAGGCGUGGCUUAACGAUCCAGAAGAGCAGAAGAGGAUCAGUUUGAUGGAGCAUGAAGAGGCAGAGAGGUCCGCCAGGGAGAGGAAGGAGUUCGAGGAGAGAGAGAAGGCCUGGCUCGAGGCCAUGGAGAUGCAAAGGAAGAAGAAGAUGGAAGAAGAAGAAGAGGAGGAGGAGGAACAACGUAGGAAGGCACUGGACGAAGAGUCUCGGAAGCAGCAGGUUGAGACUGCAAAUGAGGUAGAUGAGAGCGAUGAAUGGGAAUACGAAGAAGGUCCUGCUGAAAUUAUCUGGCAAGGAAAUGAGAUCAUUUUCAAGAAGAAAAGGGUCAGGGUCUCGAAGAAAAACAGUCACCUAGAUGAUUCAAGUAUUAAAGAGGAUGUUGAUAGGCCCACAUCUAAUCCUCUUGCACCAGAGUUUGAAACUUUUUCUGAGUAUAGAAACUCAUUGAUGUCAGGACAGCAGUUGAUUGAGAGUGUUGCCGAACAAGUACCAAAUUUUGGAACUGAACUGGAUAAAGCUCAUUGUCCUUUCCACCUAAAGACCGGAGCUUGUCGGUUUGGUCAGCGUUGUAGUAGAGUCCAUUUCUACCCUGAUAAAUCUUGCACUCUGCUUAUCAAGAAUAUGUAUAGUGGACCUGGCCUUGCUUGGGAGCAAGAUGAGGGGCUUGAGUAUACUGAUGAGGAGGUUGAACGCUGUUAUGAAGAAUUUUAUGAGGAUGUCCAUACAGAGUUCUUGAAAUUUGGGGAAAUUGUGAAUUUCAAGGUAUGUAGAAAUGGGUCAUCUCAUCUGCGAGGAAAUGUAUAUGUGCACUUCAAGUCCUUGGAUUCAGCGGUUCUGGCACAUCAUUUUGUCAAUGGUCGCUACUUUGCUGGAAAACAGGUGGGAUGUGAAUUUGUUAACCUGACCAGGUGGAAGGUUGCAAUAUGUGGGGAGUAUAUGAAGUCAAGAUUUAAGACAUGUUCGCGAGGAACAGCAUGCAAUUUCAUUCACUGUUUUCGCAAUCCUGGUGGAGAUUAUGAAUGGGCUGAUAGUGACAAACCACCCCCGAGGUAUUGGGUGCAAAAAAUGGUUGCAUUAUUUGGCCAUUCUAAUGAAUCUGUACACGAGGGACUAAGGGAACAAGGGAAUUUGGAUGAACCAAAUAGCGCUGGCAAAAGAUCAAGAGCUGAUGCAAACUGGUAUUGCUCAAGAAGAUCUGGAUCUAGAGAAACAAGUUACAGGGACGACCAUGGCCAUAGUGGUUCAAGUAGAAGAAAGGAGAAUUUAGAUUUCGUGAGGAGAACAGAAGAUCAGUUUAGGUGUACAAGUGAUGGUAUCAGAAGCCUUGAUGAUGAUAUCCAUGAGGAUGAUAAGCAUCAGAAGAAAAGAAAAAAGCGUCAUACUGAUUCUGAUGCAAAAAUAUUUGAUGACGAUAGAAAGAAAAGUGGAGAUGAAUCUCAUGAUUAUAUGAGGGAAACCUCAAGAUGGAAGAGUAAGGAAUACAAGAACAACACUCAUGAAUAUGGUUCAGAUGGAGAACGGUUGACGAGGGAGGGAGACAGAAAGAAACACCAUGAGCGUGCUAGGAAAAGCUCAAAUUAUCAUAAGAGAUUGAGAAAGCUGGAUGAUUAUGAAGAUUAUAGAAGUCGUGAAAUAGAUUUCAAUAGGAGAGGGAAGAGUGGUAACAAGGAAAUAUCACAUGAUAGCAGGAAGAGCAGCUCAAGACGCCGUAGAUAUCCUGGUAAUCACUUGGACAGGAAUAACAGAAGUCAUGAUACUGGUCGAGAGUUGUCUGACAAAGGCAGCUAUGGUGAUGAGUUGUUGGGCGAGGAUGUAGCAAGGCACUUUUGUCAAAUUAGGACACAAACGAAUGAAGUAUCAAAUGUUUCUGAUGAUCAUGGAGAACCAGAAAAUAGCUUGGAAAACAGAGGCGAUUCGUGCAUAGAUAUUGUAAAAGCAGAUUCUUGUAACAGUAAAGAUAAGAGCUAUGAUUCUGGCACUUCAAGUCAAUAUGAUGAGAGAUAUAGAUCCCAUGAUCUAUGGGAGUCUGAACAGUGUUCCGAUAAGAAAUCCCACAAGUCUAGGAUGGUAACUAGUUUUAGCAGCAGUUCAGGUCAAUACAAUGGAAAGCAAAAGUCAAAUGACCAUGAUUUAGAACUACAUCAUUAUCAAGACCAGAAGGAGAAUCCUUCAGAAUCUGAAGAAGUUAUUUCAGAACACUGGAAGUCUAAAAGUAAGUCUGGCUCUGAUCAUUACGAGCAAUGUUCCGCUGAGAGUGGGAGAGAAAGCAGAUCAAGGAGAAGCAGAAAAUCAAGUCAUAGGAGACACUCAAAGUCAAAUAGAUUGGAGAAGAGGGAUUUUCCAGAGGGUGACAAAAAAUCUCGAGAAGAUUUGAGACGGUGAGAGAAAGUAUUAAAACGUCUCAUGAACUUGUGUAUCUCCAUACACAUGUAUUGAAAGCCUCGGGCGUCCAUUUGACUGUAAAAUUAAUGAACGUGAAAGCCAAGGCUUCCCAGUUUCCAGGAGUAUGCUUACAGUUACAACCAACCAUCUUAAUCAAGAGACCACUGAUAGUGUGUGCAAUUAAGUCACUUUACUUGGUUAGCUUUGAAUGCUUUUAGGGUGUAUUAUAUUGUAAAAUUUUGAGAAAUUUAUGUGUUUUCUUUUAUUUUCUAUUUUUUAAUUUUAUAUCACAAUAAUAAUCUGAAAUGAAACCUUAUGAAACGAACCUGAAAUGAAAUAAAAUUGAAAUGUAUUACUGCA